UGAAAGAGACCUUUGAAUAUAUAACUUACGAAAAAAGUGACAAACAAGAGACUAUCCGUCGAUGGUCCAAGUCAUAACUGGUACCACUAGGAAACAGAAACCUUUUUCACUAAAGGAAGCACAAAUGACCGAAAUCAAUUUUCAUUAACUAUAUAGUUGUUAUAAAUACUAGCAAUCAUAUGUAUACAGAAAUUAUGUAUGAUAAAUUCGUAAAGUAACUAAGUCUACUGGCAUAACCAGCCCCGUUUCACGGACAGAACCAGCUCCAUUUCAGGGAAUCCCUUCUCAUCCUCCACCCCCUUCGGAAGGAUGGUGGGAGUAGGAUGGAACCCCACUAUGAACCAUCAUGGGGGUCCCCACCAUAACCCUGCCAAGUUUCAUGCCCAUCAGACCACCCGUUUAGCCGUGAUUGAAUGACAGACAGACGGACAGAUAUAACACCCAUUAUAGUAAGAGCAAGAUAUGAGGCCCUACGAACAAUACCUAACUUUCGCGCGGCAUUUGCUGAACCUUUCAUUGGAUGUUUCUCAAAAGUUAGAUUUGAGUCAAAACAUCUAGAGUAGUUAAAAGCUUUAGACUCAUUCAGCAAAGUUCCAUUCACCUGAAGAGGAGGAUGGGGUAGGAAAUCCGUGCGAGAUCUGCUAUUCUGCUAUCAAAAUAAGCGAUUCUCUCUGUACUACGUCUUCCUAAUUCGUCAGUGUGUGGAGAAGAGCUAAGAAUUUAAGAAAAUAUAUGUAUUAAAUAAAGAUAAUUAGGAAAGUGUUUCAAUCAAUUCCAUAAAACCUCCAACUGUACAGGGUGUCCAUAAAGUCCCAGUACCAUUCUGAGCAAUAAAUACUUGUAAUGGUAAUAGGAAUUUAUGGACACUGUGUAUAUAUGAAGUGUACUGCUCUUGUCGAAACAGACGAACUAACACGCAAGGUCGCUCGAUUAACUCGCCAACGAGCGCAAACACACAAAAGGAGACGGCUCGUGGAGUGAAUGUACCAGUAUCGAUUAAAGUCGUAUGGAUCAUGAGCUCUUGAUUAUUAGGACAUUCUCGGUUAAGACAUCGGCUAGGUAACACGUGUUGCAUAGGUAGCUGAGGCUCCACUAGACUAUGGGGAUCGUCCAUCUCAUCGGCGCAGCAGCUGCCAUUCUGUCACUUGCGGCUGGGAAGACCUACGUCAAAGUGGACGACUCCACAGGAAUAGUGACGACUGAGGUGACGAGCGAGUCGUUCGCCGUGACCGUCUUGCAGUGUGCAGCAAGAGCAGCCUGGACGGAUGCCCCUUAUUUCGGAACUCAAGACCUUGUGGGGGGCGUGAGAUGCUACUUGUCCUCUGCGCAGGCUUCUGAAGGCUCCCUGCAGAAGACAACAAACUCCAACGACCGCGUAUGGAGACUGGUUCGUGAUCAACCAGCAAGCGAGACUUCCACUACAACAACAUCAACAGCAUCAACAAGUACAACAACCACAGCUUUAUCAACAACAACAGCAACAGGUACAACAACUGCAGCUUUACCAACAACAACAACAACAACAGGUGGUCUGUGCACAGCUUGCAACACUGCAGAUCAAACUACUUGGGGCAUCAUACCCGGGCAAGUGGGUUGUUCGUCUUACAACAUGUGCAGUGCCAACGGGGUGACCACCCAGAGUUGCCCGGGGGGCCUCGUCAUGAGCGACACCAAAAACUGUGAUUGGCCUGCUGCGGUUAACAAAGUUUGCCAGUGCUAGAAGAAUUUCAAUGUUCAUAGCUGUUACGUAGCAGUGAAAUAUCGCGUCUAUUUACGCUGAAGUUGAGACUCUUCGGAUAAGUGAGGACGAACCUUGAGCAAACAGCAGUUUAAUAAAUUCCUGGUUUUAUUUAUGAA